GCAGGUUGGUGGCUUUGCCUGGGAGAACUGUGGUGACAAGAGGGACCCUGUGGUGCUGCAGAGCCUCUCUGUGGCACCCGACCCCAUCAGCAUCCCAGGGAGUCUGCGUGUCAGUGCAGCUGUCAACAAUGGCAAGACCAUGGCUUCCCCUCUGAAGGCAGUGCUGGUGGUAGAGAAGGCAUUGGGUGACCUCUGGAUCCAGCUGCCCUGCAUCGACGAGCUGGGCAGCUGCACCUACAAUGAUGUCUGCACCAUCCUCGACAACCUCAUCCCACCUGGCACGACCUGCCCUGAGCCCCUGCUCACCUAUGGCAUCCCCUGCCACUGCCCCUUCAAAGCGGGCUUCUACUCCCUGCCAGCCAGUGACUUUGACCUGCCUGAUGUGGAACUGCCUUCCUGGAUGACCAACGGCAACUACCGCGUCCGGGCGGUUGUCAGCAAUGGUGGGGAGGAGCUGGGCUGUGUCAAGCUGGCCUUCUCCCUGCGGUCCCAUUGA